AUGAGAGUCCAGAGCUCCCUCCUCCUGGUAGUCCUCCUGGCUUUGGAGACUCAGCUGCCUGUUGCCUUGUGUAGAAAGAAGGGAGACAAACUGGGGGGCUGUCCACCAGACGACGGGCUCUGCAGCCAGAAGAUUCCUGAUCAGUGCUUGAAUGACAAACAGUGUCCCUCUUCUUGGAAGUGCUGUCGCCGAGACUGCUUCCUCCAGUGUAUGCCUAGUGUCUCUGUAAAGCUGGGCAAAUGCCCCGUGGAUCAACUUCGCUGCCUCAGUCCCACAAAGCACAUGUGUAACAAAGACUCGGACUGCUCAGGCAAGAAGCGGUGCUGUGCCAGCGCCUGUGGCCGGGACUGCCGAGACCCCAGCAAAGGUGCCAUUUCUGCUUCCCUCCUGCCCAGCUCUGGGAUGUCCUUCCAGGUCAAUCAUCUCAGCAGGAAUAGAAACCACCGCCUCCGGCCGCCCGCGGCCUCCCUCCCUCCCCCCGGCAGCGAUCGAUGCGGCCUCAGCCGCGGGGGACAGGAACACAGGAAAGGAGGGGGCCGCGGGGCCUCCGCAGUAGUGAGGCGCAGCGGGGCCUCGGGACAGAAAACAGCCCAGGGCGGCGACUUGAGGGACAAGCGCGCUGGAAUCCCUGGAGGCCAACACAGGUAA